UCCAAUCGCUUCUUCUUGACGCCGUUAUGUGGACGGAUGUCUCCUUCUUGGACAAAUCGGAGCCCCCACCACCCAAAGGAGACACAUAAAGCCGAGGCACGUGUAGAUUUCUAUACAAACUCAUCAGACCGUAAAAGCAGGAGGCUCCUGGCGUGUGCCCGGGUCGAGACGACGAGGAGGAGGAGAGUGAGUGUGUGUGUGUGUGUGUAGGGGGGGUGAAACACAAUAAAACCCUCAGGUACAUCUGCUUUGCAAUCUGCAAAUCCUCCCUCCAUCACCCCCCUCCUUCCCUCCAUCAGCCUCUCCAUCCUCCCACACCCACUCCCCAAAUCCACGGGGGACCUCGGCUCCUUCUCAUUGGUCGGGGAUGAGGCAACAAGGGGGGACGGGAACAAUGUCAUCAUGUCGCCUUAAAAAGAGUGCAGCUAUGUUGUCGUGAAAGCAUCUCGGGAGGAGAACAGAGGAUCAGUAGCAGGAGGAGACAACAACAAAAAGGCGCAUCAGAUGUUUCAGUCCGCGAGCGGCUGAAAGUGGAUUUCUUCUCCCCGCAGCAGCGUCCAAAGUGCCUUCAGCUCCCCGUCCAGCGCGAACAUGCCAAGAGGAUUUUUAGUGAAAAGGAACAAGAAAACCAACCCGGUGUCUUACCGGGUCCGCUCCGAUGAGGAAGAAGCGGAGCAAACAGCAGCUGAUGCGUCCUCAUCCGCGCCUCUCGCCUCCGUCCCGGUGCGCUCACAGACGCCGACGCCCACCUGCGGGGCGGUGGCCACGGCUCCGGAGCAGGACGUCAAACCGGUGCAAUUCGGAAACCCGGAGGCGGUGUACCAGGCGCUCUACAGCCCCACCCGCCCCGUCAGCCAGGACCACGACCGCUCCUACUUCGAGAGACGCUUCAACCUCGGAUCGCCGGUUUCCGCGGAGUCUUUCCCCACACCAGCAGCGCUCACCGCUUUGGACAACCUCUUCGCCACGGUGGACCUGAAAAUCGGCUCCAGCAACAGCAGCCGCACCGACACCAACGCCACAUCCACCGGGACGCUCCCCGCCGCCGGGGCCAAACGGCCGUCCAGCGACACCGAGCGCAAAAGCAAACCGCCGUCCAAGAAAACCAAAGCUAUCCGGAAACUGCACUUUGAGGAUGAUGUCACCACAUCUCCGGUUCUCGGGCUCAAGAUUAAAGAGGCGCCGGUGGACCAGAAGCCUCCCAGACCGCAGCCGCCCGGAGGUGACAACAACCCGCUGGGCGAGUUCGUGUGCCAGCUUUGCCGGGAGGCGUACGCAGACCCGUUCGCUCUGGCUCAGCACAAGUGCUCCAGGAUAGUCCGGGUUGAGUACAGGUGUCCUGAGUGUGACAAGGUGUUCAGCUGCCCGGCUAACCUCGCCUCGCACCGGCGGUGGCACAAACCGAAGCCGCAGAGCGGAGCCCCCGGUGUGCAAAACACGGAGAGCGACAAGGCGGCCGCGUCCGGUAAGACAGCGCCGGAUGAAGCAAAGGAUUCUAGUGACAGGGACACACCCAGCCCCGGGCCGUCCGAGUCCGGCUCAGACGAAGGGCUGUAUGAUUGUAAUCAAUGUGGGAAAAAGUUUAAACGCCAAGCCUACCUGCGGAAGCACCUGGCGUCUCAGCACGGCUCCCCGAAACCUGCAGAGGACGAGGGCGCGCCGGCCUGCGAGCAGAGCGCGGCGCCGCUGAACCUGAGCUCCUCCACCUGCCACCUGUGUCCGGUCUGCGGGGAGAACUUUUCCAACAGAGGCAGCCAGGAGCGGCACAUCCGCCUGCUGCACUCCUCACAGGUCUACCCGUGCAAAUACUGCCCCGCCAUCUUUUACAGCUCCCCGGGACUCACCAGACACAUCAACAAAUGCCACCCGUCCGAGAACCGGCAGGUGAUCCUGCUGCAGAUGCCGCUCCGCCCCGCCUGCUGAUCCCGGGGCUCCAGGCUGCCUUCACACUGUCAGAUAGCAAGAUAACAAAGUCCAGCCUUGUUUCUGAGAGGAUUGUAGGGUCACACUGCAAAAAUAUCCGUCUUAUAACGGUUUUCUUUUAGAGUUUGGGCUCCUAAAAUGUUAUUUUUUUUUAAGUCAAGUGAAAAAUAUGAGAGGCUGUAGCUCUGGUUGACUUCACUGCUGAUGGGAGUGAUUCGUUUUCUCUCUUGUUUCAGUUAUUAGGUAAAACAGAAUCACCAAAUUUCAAGAUUUUUAAUACACUGAACUAAUUUUCUUCAACACGUUCUUCAAUAACGUCUUAUAUUGGGAUGCUAUUUCAAGAAAAUGCAGAAAUCACAUCAAAUAAAGAGGAAUUAUUACUGGCAUCACCGUUUCUAGGCACAUGUUGACAAUUCGCUGAGGUAAAAGAAGAGAUUACAGGAUAUUUGUGCAGUGUAACUCCUACAGGAAACAUCAAAUGUCACAUGCACCAGUUUGUAGAGGUCAGAGGUCAGCGCUCACCUGCAGCUGGCAGGGAUUCAGUGCCUUGCUCAAGGACACUUUAGCAGGUUUUUGGUGUGUGUUUGAACCCCCCCCCCAAGGAUCUCUGACAUCAUAUUUCAAACACUAAGCGUUAGACUGUUAAUUUAUUUUUCUAUAGCAUCUCUGCACAAGUGCUAUUAGCUUCUAGACCUAAGAGAGGGGACGACCUGUAGCCGAUAAAAACCAGAAAUCACAGGCCUGAAAAGACCUUAUCUCAUCACUCUGAUUAGCUUUAACAUAGCUUGUGGAUCCGUGGAUCAGUAGCUGUCGCCUGAUAAGAAAAAAGAGUAAAAACUAGUGUAGCCGGUAAUGCCUUUGGAUUAGAAACUCCUGCUGUAAAACUGCCUUAAACUGAACUGAUCUGAUUGUUUUUUGAUCACUUAUUUAUCACUGGCUGGGUAAUAUGAUUAUUAUUUUUUACAAAGCCUUCUGUAUUACCACUAUACAGUAUAUCUAACUUCUUUUUUCUAUUUAUUUAUGUAUUUAUUAAAUUAUUUGUGUAAAUUAUUGCUCUGUGUGGUCUCUGUGAUCUGUUGCUGUGUUUUUUCAUGAUGUAGCCAAAUUGUUUUAUUUUCUUUAACUUAUAUCAAAACGGCGUGAGGGCGGUGUGUUCAAGUGACAUUAUAGCAAUCAAUGAGUUUUAUCAGACGCUCUUGAAUAAUAACUGAAUGCAAUCAUGAUUUUUUUUCAUCUUGUAUUUUUGUUUUGGUUUCUUUGUAACCGUUAGCUCUUAUACUGCUUUGGAUGUUUCUGCAGUAUUUUGCUAAAUGUCCAAAAAUAAUAAAAACCAAACUGAGAAACA